AUGAAUGAACCGUUCUUGUUGCAACUGCUCUUCACAUUAUGCCUUUUGUACACCUUGAUACCCGUCGCUUUGUUGGAAAAUGGAACGACCGAAGGAAAUGACUCCAAAAAACCACAUAUCAUUAUUAUUCUCGCAGAUGAUUUGGGCUGGAACGACGUUAGCUUCCAUGGUUCCGACCAAAUCCCGACGCCAAAUAUCGACGCUCUCGCAUAUUAUGGAAUUAUCCUGAACAAUCAUUAUGUGUCACCAAUGUGCACGCCAAGUAGAUCAGCUUUAAUGACUGGGAAAUAUCCCAUCCACACAGGCAUGCAACAUUAUGUUAUACGUUCAGCAGAACCACGCGGACUUCCAUUAACAGAAAAGUUAAUGCCGGAGUAUUUGAAAGAAAUGAGUUAUUCAACAAAUAUGGUGGGUAAAUGGCAUUUAGGUUUUUACAAACACGAAUAUACACCGCUUUGGCGCGGCUUCGAUUCGUUUUUUGGUUUGUGGAACGGUCUCCAAGAUUAUUUUAGUCAUGAAACAGUAGACCCAUUUACAAACUUUCGAGGCAUGGACAUGAGACGGAAUAUGGAGGUCGCGUGGGAUACAAAGGGCAACUAUUCAACGGAUCUCUACACCAAGGAAGCAGUACGCUUAAUUAAUGCUCACAAUCCCGAUAAACCAUUAUUUUUAUACUUGGCACAUCUUGCAGUCCACAGUGGAAAUGAGGAGCAGUUACUACAAGCUCCCCCCGAAGAGAUUGAAAAAUUCUCCUACAUCGACGAUCCAAACAGAAAAACUUAUGCUGCCAUGGUUUCUAAAUUGGACGACAGCGUCGGUCAGGUCGUGGAAGCCUUGAAAAAUCGUGGUAUGUUGGAUAAUAGCAUUAUCCUCUUCAUGUCUGAUAACGGUGCGCCCACUCAUGGUUUUCUGAAUAAUUACGGCAGUAACUAUCCCUUUCGUGGCAUUAAGAAUACCGCUUGGGAAGGCGCCGUGCGAGGAGUAGCUGCAAUCUGGAGCCCUCUAAUCAAGAAACGCGAGCGGGUCUCGAACCACUUAAUGUGUAUAGCCGAUUGGUUGCCCACUUUGUUGUCCGCCGCCGGCGGAAGCAAGGAAAAAAUUGGCAAAAUCGAUGGCCUCGAUAUGUGGCCGACGAUCGUAUCCGACGAGCAUAAUCCCAGAGAAGAAGUACUGAUAAACAUCGACAAAACGUACCAAGCCAUUCGUAAUCGCAAAUACAAGUACGUACAUGGUCAGACCAAGGAAAGCUCUAAAUGGUUAGGAGAUAACGGAAGAAGCCCGACUGAGACACGACCACUGUAUCCGCCUGAGACAGUGUUGCAUAGUAAAGCAGGAGCUGCCAUUGCUUCAGUGACUAAAAAUACUGCUGAACUUAAUUCUCAGAAGAUCCUACAAUUAAGACAGCAGGCGGAAAUCCAUUGCAACGUUACGGAAAAGGAGCAGGUUGCGUGUCAUGCGUCGCUUAUGCCAUGUCUUUUUGACUUGGAAAGGGAUCCUUGCGAGAAGAUGAACAUUAUUGCAAAAAAAACCUACGUUGCGCAGAAAUUGGAGGCAGUUUUGAAACAAUAUAAAUCAACUAUGUUACAGCCGAACAACAAGAACGAUGAUUUGAAAGCAAAUCCUAUACGGUGGAACCACACAUGGGUGUGCUGGCAGGAUCCGAAUCCAAAUGCGACUAUAUGCACGAACAAAAUUGAUUCAUAUGUAGGCAAAUCUAUCACGAUCGCGUUCUGUACUUUCGGGGUUUCCCUCAUUCUAGUGUUCUUUUUCUACGAGUUGUACAAAUCUAAGAAAUGUGUUUCGCACGUUCUCGAGCAGCCCCGCAAACGAUCCUUGAAAAAUAAGAGCAACGAUGUACGGAAAGAGGAAGAAAGCUAUUUGAUCGAGUUGCGACCUCAAGCGUUUUGUAAUGGUUGGCACGCCUUGUAUCAGACACUCUGUACAGAACCCUAA